UCAUAUCUUUGGUGGGAUGAUAGCGGCAGACUAUCAGUUUGCCUCUGCCAGUCUAUUUUGUCAGGACUAAAGGGCAUUUUACAAGAGUACUCACUGGCAUAGAAACACAGUAAGUCACGCACGUGCACGCAGUUGCAUUUAGCUGAAAACUGGGCCGGUUUCCUGUGUGGCAGGAUGCAGGUGCCGGCAAGCGAUGCCAUCGAACGGUCGUCCCUAAUGUUCUCAAUCUGUUCACGGUCCUGGAAAGUGGUCUAAUCUUUUGGCACCAUUCCUGCAUAAUCCUCCGGUAAUCCUGUGAUACGAGAGGGCAAGAAAAAAGCAGCAUUUUUAUAAUUUUCCUCACAAAAAUGGAAUACUUGCACGGGAGACGAAUAUGUGGCUCUGGAUUGGCGACACGUGUCUUUCAGUGUCCAUGCCUGAAGCCUGCUCCUCUCCUUGGGCUCUGAAGGGUACUGGCCAUGUUGGUGGACGGUGUGGAGGUGCCAGUGUAACGUCAGGCCAGCAGGCUGUCGCACGAGGGGCCUCGGUCAGUGAAGAAUGAGCCGGAGUUGCCGCAUCCCGAACUGGCCGCUCAGCAUCUACAAGCACCACAGGGAGUCUGCCAGCUGCCUGCCCAUGUGCCCAUCACCAGUUUGAUGAACCUGUCAACGGCAGCAUACUGGUGAAAACAGAACUCGCUGUACUGUAGCAAAUAAGAAGACAGAGGUGUAGAAGAGCAGACCGGGCAAGAUUCCUGAUGGGAAGAAAGUGAAAUCAAGUGUCUGAACUCGCUGUACCGUCUCCCUAAGGCUGAUGGAAGACAAGGCCCAACAAGACACAGCUUUCACAAGGGUCCAACAGUCCAUCCGUCUGAGGGUUGCUCAUUAGCAGCAGCAAAAAGCAGGAAUUAAAGUAGGAACAUCCUUCCAUGAUCUCUAUAAAAGCACUUGGGCUUCUAAUGGACUGUCGUUGUUAAGAGAGAUGCAGAGGGACUUCCCUGCUGCAUCACUGUGUUUUUAGGCUCUCCAUUCCUGUCUGCUCCACCUGAGACUCUGGGCAGGGAGGGAAUCCCCUCAGGAAGAGGAGGAAAAGAGGUGGAACCAGGCAGUGUACAGUUUCAGGGGCCAAGGGGGGAAGUUGGAACGGCUUAACCAUGCAGUCAGAUGACCUAUUUGUCCGCAAGUUCUGCCGGCAAAGCCCACGGCCCCCGCUGACGGCCAUGUCUUUUGAGCCCAGGCGAGACCCAAGUCUGCGGUCGCAGGUCAAGCCUGAGUGGCCUCCCCGGAGAGAGGAAGAGGAAGUCAUGCUUGGUGAGAGCCCGCCCCCCAGCCAGGCUGGCCCUGGUCUGCGCUCUUCAGCCCGUGGCCACAUCGUGCAGAGAAGCAACAGCGAGGUUAUACUGGGUGGUCUGGAAACCUCAGGGGCAGCCUAUGGGGUGAGAGCAAAGGCACCCGGGAUGGGGAGCCUGGGGUCGCAGGAUGAUCCCAGCCCACUCCUUCACCGGGAUUAUGGCAGUCUCUCUUCACUGGAGCGGCGGUCGUGUGCCGACACGGAGGACAGCGAGGAGAAGAUGGCCCAGAGCCCCGCCGCACUGCGCUUCAAAGACCCGCUCAUCUUGCUGGGCUUGCAAGGAACUGACAUAGAACCUGAUGGCUUCUCUCGUGCUCUCGAUGUGCCAGACGGGGAGCCGCUGAAGCAGGCCAAGGCGCCAAAGCAAGAUGCACAGAACAAGAAGGGUAAGUCGAGCCCCACUCUGCCGCCGCGGACCUGCCCCGCCGACAGCCUGCCCGGGGCCACCUGGGUGCACAACUUUGCGCACUACGACGUGCAAAGCGUCCUCUUUGACCUGACGGAGGCGGUGUCCAGCCGCAACAGCAUUGGCCGUAAGAAGAACAUCACCUCGGGGGCCUCGGCGGCAUCCCAUGUCCAGCCCUCCACCUCGGGGGCAGUGCUCCAGCUCGUGGGGGGGGUUGGCGGCGAUGGGGGGACGGCGGAGGACCCCGAAGGCCAGAGGGAGAUGCUGCUGCCACCGGACGAGGGAGAUGGCAACAACAACGACAUGCUGCUCAGCUGCCCUCACUUCCGCAAUGAGACGGGGGGCGAGGAACGGCCGGGGCUGGGGCGAGUACGUGGCGCAGGGGUGCCGUGGCUGGGCCUGCAGUCCCCCAAUGACGCCGUGUCCAUCCUGGAGGAGCCCCGUGAGAGCCACGUUCAACAGCAGCCCAAGACCAGCUACUUCAUUGAGCACGCAGACCUGGGGGCGCACUACUACCGCAAAUACUUCCACAUGAAGGAUCAUCAGAAUUUCUUUGGUGUGGAUGAGCGGCUGGGGGCGGUGGCCAUCAGCUUCAGGAGAGAGGAGAAGGAAGGAUCAAGUGGUGCCCAGUACAACUACAGGAUUAUUUUCCGUACCACUGAGCUGAAGACGCUGAGGGGCUCCGUGGCAGAGGAGUCAGUGAGCACAGGGGCCCGGCACACGGGUCCGCGAGGCUUGCCCCACCGACGGCUGCUAGAGCACAUCCUGCCCGAGCUGAACCUGCACUGCCUACGGCUGGGCUCCAACUCGCCCAAGGUCCCAGAGCUACUGCUGAAGUUGGACGAACAGCGGCUGAACUUCCAGCGGAAGGUGGGCGUGAUGUACUGUCGGGCCAAUCAGAGCUCGGAGGAGGACAUGUACAACAACGAGUAUGCGAGCCUCGCCUUCGAGGAGUUCCUGGACCUACUGGGACAGAAAGUUCAACUGCAGGGCUUCGACAAGUUCAGGGCUCAACUGGACACCAAGACGGACUCUACCGGCACCCACUCGCUGUACACAAAGUACCAGGACUACGAGAUCAUGUUCCACGUGUCCACCAUGCUCCCCUACACCCCCAGCAACACCCAGCAGCUGUUGAGGAAGAGGCACAUCGGCAACGACAUCGUGACCAUCGUGUUCCAGGAGCCAGGGGCCUUGCCCUUCACGCCCAAAACCAUCCGCUCUCACUUCCAGCACGUGUUCAUCAUCGUCCAGGUUCAUCACCCCUGCACUGACAAUACCUACUACAGGGUGGCUGUGACUCGCUCCAAGGACAUCCCUCUGUUUGGGCCCUUCUUCCCCAAGGGGGCUCGCUUCCGGCGGUCGCCGGCGUUCCGGGAUUUCCUUCUGGCCAAGGCACUGAGUGCGGAGAAUGCUGCGGAAAAGUCAGAGAAGUUCCUCUCCAUGGCUACACGCACGCGUCAGGGAUACCUGAAGGACCUGGCGGAGAACUACGUCACCACCUCACCCAUCGACUCCUCCACCAAGUUCCCUCUGCUCUCACGGGUCAAGCGCAAGGACAAACCGAAGAGUACCAAGGGGGCAGAGCUGCACAGCGCUGGGGCUCUGGUGUGGCCGGUCAUGGCAUCUGGAGGCGGGCCCAGCGCUGAGAAGCUCCCCUGCCUGCUGGCCAUCUCUGGUGAGUCAGUGGUGCUCAUCGAAUGGAGCUCCCGCUUGGUGGUCUUCAACUGCAACUCCCGCGACGUGAUUGGUUGGAAGGCGGUGACGGAGGGCGGGGCCAGCGGCGGGCCCUACCUGGAUAUCUAUUAUGAGCGGGGAGAGUCGAUCUCCAUCAGUGUUGCUGAAAGCCAGGUGGAGGACAUCCGGGAGGUGGUGCAGAGACUAAAGAGGGUGUCCGGGGCCUGCGAGGUGCGGGAGGUGAUGCCACUGCGGGACUCGGUGGGCCACCCUGGAUUCAUGCUUAGCGAGGAUGGCUUUGUGGUGGAACUGCAGCAGUCCAGCUAUACGGAGAGCGCAGGCCUGCAAAUGGGGGCACGCGUGGUGCGCCUGUGCGGGCGCCCCCUGGUGGCGCUGUCGGCCGCCGACAGGGCCAGCCUGCUGCGCUCCACCCCCAGGAUCCACCUUACUGUCAUCCCGCCGGACAAGAAUGGCAAGCAGGCCAGGAGUUUAUCAGAGCUUUACCAGAAAGCCUUACAGGGCACUGAGCUGAAGCCUGGGGACAAUCAGUCCAGGGAGGCCUGGGUGGUGGAGGAGAAGGAGGACCAGGAGGAACCUAAAGGCCAGGAGGCGCAGGAGCACAGGCACUCGGGAGUCAGAGACCAGUGCUCACUCGUGUCCCCACCAUGCCCGCCCCUCCAGAGGGCCACCGCCUUCCAGGAUGACAGCGCCGGCCGCCCAUCUCCGACGGGCAGCUACUUGCUGGAGACGCCACAGCUGCAGCCGAACCCCAGCAGCGACCGGCACUUCUAUGACAAUAGGGUUCAAAGGAGGAAAAUGCACAUCUACGAGGUCCCUGUGGAGGUGCAGACCACCACACCCGACCUCAUCCCCAAAGCCUUGGUGGAGGAGAAGGAGGACCUGCGGCAACAGCAGGCCCUGUCCUCACCCUGCCGCACCCCUGAGGUUGUGGCUCCACCCACCUCUGAGCCUCUGGCCCCCCUGGAAAGCACUGACCACAGCUCCUCUGCUCAGAACGUGCAGAACUCCUUAAACAAGAUCCUGUUGGAGCCCGGUGACUCCACCGAUGAGGAAUGGCAGUCCAUCUCUGCAGUGGCCUCUGCCUGUCAUAGCAUACUGGAGGCGAUGUGUCAUGAAGAAAUGAGAGCGGCGGGAGAUGUAGCCCAAGCCCCAGGAGACGGCCUUGUCACAGAUGGACAGGUGGACUCCAUAAUGAAGGACAGCAUGGAGAGUAGCAAUUUUCCUAGGGACCUCGGAGAGAAAGUGUCUCAGCUGGAAAACAUUCUGAAGAGGCUGGAGGCUGACCUGCAAAAGGAGAAGGAGGACAAGGCAGAGCUGCAGGCGGAGGUGUUAACCCUCAGGGAGAACAACCAGCGGCUGCGGGAGGAGUCCCAGAGCACGGUGGCCCGGCUCAUCAAGGUCACGGAGCUGCUGUGCAGAACCACCAAGCACUGACAGCCCUCCACUGCCCCCCCCCCCCAUUGUUUUGUGCCACAGACUCUGCCCCCCCCAUCUCUUUAUGUGCCAUGAGUCAGAUAUUUAGAGAUAUAGGGCAACCUGGGGUGAAGGGUGAGUGUUUACCACUGCAGUGCAGGAUGAGGGACCCAAUCCCACACCCUCGUAUCACCCCCCCACAUGCCCCCGACUCCGUUGACAGCAAUUACUGCACCCCCCACACCCACUGGCUUCCUGAAACUCAACAAAAUCCUGAUUUCAGCAGGAAUGACGAGCAUUCAGGCACGUGCACAGACACACACACACAGACAUGCAUGACCAAGCGCAGUCUAUUGUCAGCUGCCUUGGAUCCUCGAGCAGACGAGGGCCCGAGCAAGUCUAGCAGAGAAGGAUCUGGCUGCAGAACACUGGGCAUCUCCACAAGGAGGACCUCCACCAUAAAUCACAUGACCUCCACAGCAGGACCGGACGUGAUGAUGCUGGAGAGGACUCAGUAGGCUGAACAUGUCCAUAGAUAGCCCCUGGCUUUCUUUAUAAUUAUGAAGAUGGAUAUUUCUCAUAAGUAUAUAAUACUUAUAUUACAUAAUAUAAUACUUAGAGGUUAGAAUUUCUCACUGAAAUAGCACAUUUAAAGUAAACUCUUAACAUCCAUUCCUGUUGAUUUAAAUGAGAUUAUUGACGUCCGUUCCCAGUGUUGCACUAAUAUCACCGAAAUAGCAAAUAUAUAUUUUAAAUGAGAUGAUUAAAGUCAGUUCCCAAUGUUGCACUAACGUUAUAUCCAGCACUAUUGUGGAGGUCAUGUGAUCUCUAGCCUCCUAGCGGAGAUGCCACCUCUGUUCCUGAAGUUUGCAUAACAUCAUGUACGACCCGGGAGUGUAGGUCAAGUGAUUCCUGGCCCCACAGUGGAGAUGUUCCCAGUGGAGGUCUGCUAGCGUUCUGCAGCCAGAUCCGCUUGGAGCUGCAGCUGGUUGAGAUACAAUGGCUACUAAUUGGCCCCUCUUCUCCCCCUCCUUCCAGCCGUGCCCCCCACUCAUGCACUGAGGACCGCUGGACGGUGGUGGCAGUGGUGCUGGUCUGAUCGAUCUGAUAAUGUGGCUGGAACACAGGCUCCACGGAACCCCCUCGUGUGUUCACACGUGUGAGUGUGACCACUUGUGCCCAGAUGCAGUUACUGACCUCACAUCUGAUGUGAAAUAUAUAUGAAGUUAUUAUGACCCAUAUGUGCUAUACAUAAAUGAAAGUGGCUACGUCGUAUGUGCGUGGUUUUGUGGGUGUGUGCCACCCUCUACUCCUCUGCUCAAACUGCGCCACCUGCUGUCCAUACCUUGCAAAUGCGGCCCCGUGUCCUGCCUGCACUGAUACCGCUACACAUGACUGUGGUUUCUGAGGACCCAGGUUUUGGAUGUAAACCCCACCAGACUGACAAGAGCAUGAAAUUAAAAGCCGUAUAUCGCAAAAAGUGUCACUGGAUUAUGGACAACCAAAUUCACCCUCAGGAAACUGUGACUGAUACUCAUAAAGGACUCCCAAAUUGAAUGAGCCAAAAUAUCUAUUUUAAUGCCUGAAAGGUGCACUUUUGUCAGUUCAGUAUUAAGUAACUUUGUAUGCCUUGCUGGGAAAAGAUAAAAAGCCAAGAAGACUGAGACAAUAGGUCCCUUUUUUUCAUUGUGGCAGAACUGUGUGACCUGUAAACCCACACGGAGCACAAGCCUUGUGACCAGGGUCACUCCUCCACAUAGUGUUCACUGUGCUGUUGAGCUUACACACUCAGGAGGCCGGUCGAGGAGAGUCACCCAGGAUAUGGUUACUUAUCACAACCUUCGAAAUGUGAUCGAGAGAGAGCAUUACCUGUGGGAAUCAGGAGGUCUGAGGCAGCAAGUCGGCUCUGAGACCAUUAGCCUGAGGACAAACACAAUGUCUGGUUAAUUUCCAUGUCCAUCUGCCAAUGAGCAUUGGUCUGUAUUUCCUUAUCCCUCAUAAGAAGACCAUCUAACAGAGAGCAAUGCAUAUUUCAUUGUUAACAGGCUUUUAAAGGGAUGCAAAGUAAAUUAUAAAAUAUUUAAUUACUUUCAUAUUGUAAAACUUUCUCUGUGAAAAUGUUGAGCCUAAUUUUCUAGAAUUUGAUUUACUGUGAUUUCCUGGUACCAGCAGUUUAUAUCCAGAUUAAAUGAUACAUUUUUAUUUUGUUACACAGUUGAGCUACGUCAGUGAAUAUUUUGCGUUUAGCUUCCACCUGCCGAAGCUGUAAACACGGCAGAAUGAAGUUUGCUGCAAGCCUGUAGUUGUACCGCCAAGCUCUUUAAAUUCAUAGUUUGCUAUUGUUUUAAGCUUGUUGUUCAAAAUUUAUAAAGCAGCGACUUGGUUUUAAUAAUUAUUCUUUUGUAAAAAAAAAAAUACAAAAGAAAUAAACAGGCUAAAAGCCUACAGCAUUUCA